AUGGAACAUGAAGUCACUCUAUACAUCAGGACUCUUAUGGAACACAAGAGGACAUUCACCACACCAGUAAUGACUCCAGUCAUGCUGAAUUUCCUGAGGGGCAUGGAGAACCAGUUGCUUGGACCUCUUGAACAGCCUAUCAUUGAUUCAGUGGGAAGCCGCAGGCAGGGGACAUUUGGUGGAACAGAAUAUCUCCAACCGGGAAUGCUUGCAGCUGUUUAUACAGAUGAUGAGCUAUCCCGAGGCUAUCCCAAAUCAUGGAAGCCCAUGCCUGGAACCAACAUCACAUCAUCUGUUCACCGCGAAUCCCUUCUCUUGUGGGGGUUUACACUUACUGAGAAAAGUCAGCGACUCAGAAGUGAAACAGCUGCAAAAUUGAAGUGGCUCUAUCGAGAAACAGAUGACCGGAUGGCGAUCCAGCAGAAUACAUCUCAGAGCAAAUAA